AGUCACUGCUACGCAUAAAGCGUAUAUAUAUGUUAAUAGCCGAUUGUGUCUUCGUUGGCAAUACUACGAACAACGUAAUUCAAACUAAAAAGAGCUACAAAAUAACCGAAUGCCGCCUCGCGACACGCAGUCGUCGUCCGCCGGUACCACCCGCAUGCGCCCGGUAAGACUCAAUGUGACACCCAUCACGAAGAAAAUGUAUCGCUGCUUCUCCCGAUCUCAGGCGCAGGAGGCUCUCCUAGCAGAGGAAGCAGCGAUCACGUCGAAGAUGACGUUAAAACGUCGUCGCUCUCAUGGCGAGGCCUCGGCUACGUCGUCCUCCGCUGGCGAUGUUGCGGAGCGGGAUCAAGUGCGCGCCCCUCCAUCGGCUGCUGCCUUCACGAUAGAGACGACAUCGACUGUUGUCUCCACCGUUGCUCCUUCUCUCUCCGCAAACUCAGGAGACGAAAAAAAGGAAAGGAAACACCGAACUGGUGCCUCGUCUUCCAAGGUGCAUCGAUGA